AUGCCAGAACUAAGUGAAGCUCAGCAACUCAAAAGCGUUGUAGAAAGCUCCCCUGAAAACAAAAGGUGCGUAGAUUGCAAUAUGGCCCGUCCCCAGUGGGCCUCCAUUACUUACGGCAUCUUUGUAUGUCUUAACUGUGCUGGAGUCCAUCGUUCUUUUGGUGUCAAAGUAAGUGUAGUUAAGAGUGUCGGCAUGGAUCUUUGGAAACCAGAAGAAGUAUCUGCUAUGGAUUUAGGAGGCAACAAACGAUUCUUAUCCUACUUAGCUCAGUACAACCUCGAACAAAUCCCUAAACAAGAACUUUACCACCACACUCGCAUUCAAGAGUACGCCCAAACCCUCUACCAACAACUUCUCAAAAAGCACCCCAAUCUCACUCAACCCUUCCACUCCCCAGACUUAUCCCAUACUCCUUCUUCUCCCACACUCUCCAAAGUCCCUUCACCUGCCGCCAUCCAAACUUCCCAUUCAUCCACACCUAAAUCUCGUUCUUCUAACUCCCAUUCAUCUAAAUCCUACUCUUCUAAACCUCUCUCCAACGAGUACACAUCCCGGUACUCCGAAACUUCUUCCUCCCCACUUAACCUUCUAGGCAACUUAGAAGGCAUCCAAGACAAUCUUUCCGGUAUGCUCAGUCGAGCCGCCGGGUACGUCUACACCGGAGCCCGCACUCUUUCCAGCCAAAUUUCCGAGAAGGUCAUUGUUCCCGCCUCAGCCGCUCUCCGGGAGAAGAGUUCCCAAUUCUCCGAGUACAUGAAGAAGCCCAAAGAGCCCGAGUCCAUCGAAUCCACUACCAACCGCCACCAACAAUCCAAACCCCGAUCCAAACCCACUCCCGAAACUCCCAAAAGGAAGCCCGUUUCCGAUAAGUGGGAUUAG